GUCCUGCUUAUAGCAACUAUUGCAGCACGCGGUCAUUCAGAUAAACUACAACUCUAAGACACUGAUUCUGCCUCCUCUACAAACACAAACACUGCUGACUUGGUGAGUGCAGAUCAGCCAUGCAGGCUCAGGAAGUCCUGAGACAGCUGCGCAUUCCCGAGCUGGAUGACGUCCGGCAGUACAUGCGUGGCCUGCCUACCAACGCGCUCAUGGGCAUGGGGGCCUUCGCCGCCAUCACCACCUAUUGGUUCGCCACGCGGCCCAAAGCCCUCACGCCCCCCUGUGAUCUGGAGAUGCAGUCGGUGGAAAUGCCAGGUACAGAACUUGCAAGGAGAUCGGCUCUGAACGACAGCAGCGAACACAUGACACACUUCUACGACGAUGCACGCACAAUGUACGAGGUGUUCCAGCGGGGGCUCGGAAUAUCGCAUGACGACCCUUGUCUAGGAUCGAGGAAACCAGACCAGCCGUACGAGUGGCUGACCUAUAAACAGGUGGCAGACAAAGCAGAGUACAUCGGCUCCGCUCUCCUUCACAGAGGACACUCUCACACAGGAGACAAGUUCAUUGGCAUUUUUUCCCAGAACAGGCCUGAGUGGACCAUUUCAGAGCUGGCCUGUCACACAUACUCCCUGGUAGUCGUCCCGCUGUACGACACACUCGGCACGGAGGCCAUCGCCUACGUUAUCGACACAGCUGCCAUCUCCACGGUGAUCUGCGAUACUCCUGAAAAGGCUCAGAUGAUCCUGGACGGUGGGAACGAGGGAGCCGUGAAGACCAUUGUGGUCAUGGAGGCGUUUGACAGCGAGCUGGUGGCCCGUGGAAAGAAGUGCGGCAUCGAGGUUCUGAGUUUGAAAGACUUUGAGGCCUUGGGCAGAGACCACCACCAGGAACCAGUGCCCCCCACACCAGAGGACCUCGCACUCAUCUGCUUUACAUCUGGAACCACAGGGAAUCCAAAAGGUGCAAUGCUCACUCACGGGAAUGUGAUCGCCAACACUGCAGCUUUCCUUAGAGUAACGCAGGUACACUGCAUGCUGGACACCCAUGACAUUCACAUAUCCUAUCUCCCCCUAGCUCACAUGUUUGAGAGGGUUGUACAGGGCGUCGUCCUCGUCCACGGGGCUCGAAUCGGCUACUUCCAAGGAGACAUUCGACUUUUGAUGGACGACUUGAAAACGCUGCAGCCGACGGUCUUCCCCGUCGUCCCACGUCUCCUCAACCGCAUGUUCGAUAAGGUUUUCAGUCAGGCCAACACGCCGCUGAAGAGAUGGGUGCUGGACUUUGCCUUCAGGAGGAAGGAGGCAGAGAUGAAAAAUGGUGUGGUCAGAACGGACAGCAUGUGGGACAAACUCAUCUUCAAAAAAGUUCAGGCGAGUCUGGGCGGACGUGUGAGACUCAUGAUCACAGGAGCGGCUCCGGUGUCACCAACCAUCCUGACGUUCCUGCGAGCGGCUCUGGGCUGUCAGUUUUAUGAAGGCUACGGUCAAACUGAAUGCACAGCAGGCUGCACCAUGUCCCUGCCUGGAGACUGGACAGCAGGACACGUCGGGCCUCCUCUGCCCUGCAACGCUGUCAAACUGGUGGAUGUGGCAGAAAUGAAUUACCUGGCAGCCAACGGAGAGGGAGAGGUGUGUGUCAAAGGACCAAAUGUAUUCCUCGGAUACCUGAAGGACCCAGAGAAAACAGCUGAGGCCCUCGACGACGACGGAUGGCUGCACACAGGGGACAUUGGGAAAUGGCUUCCUAACGGCUGUCUCAAGGUCAUCGACAGAAAGAAGCACAUUUUCAAGCUGGCACAAGGAGAAUACAUCGCCCCCGAGAAAAUAGAAACUGUCUAUAACCGCAGUGAUCCAGUGGCUCAGAUAUUUGUCCAUGGAGACAGUUUACAGGCGUGCCUGGUGGCGAUAGUUGUGGCUGAUCCAGAAUAUUUACCAGUUUGGGCCAAGAAACAGGGAUUUGAAGGAUCCUUCACUGAACUGUGCAGUAAAAAGGAGGUGAAGGACGCCAUUCUGGGGGACAUCCUGAGGCUGGGUAAAGAAGCAGGACUCAAGUCAUUUGAACAGGUGAAAGAUAUCGCUCUACACCCCGAGAUGUUCACAGUGCAGAACGGCCUCCUGACUCCCACCCUGAAGGCCAAGAGGAACGAGCUUCGGAGCCGCUUCAGGGAGCAGAUCGAUCAACUUUAUGCCCAAAUUAAGUUGUAAACUUUAAUCUGGGACUAAUGUAGGGAGGUGAGGAUCAUUUAGAGCAAAGCCAGAACCAAACUAGUCUAGUUAAGGGGCCUUUACUCAAAUUUUUCUACCUGUGACAGUUUUGUGGGGACAAAACAAACCAACUGAAACUUCGAUUAGUGAUUGUACGGUUUUAUUUCCCCUGCUAUUACUGGCUAAUUAGUUCAGAUUACCCCAGAAGAUGUAGUUAUUGGCAUAUUUAAUAAAAAUUUAAUUACAUUCUACUUUUACUUGCCAAAUCACAUCAUACAAUAUUUCAAGGCACUUUACAGGAAUAAGGGUUACAAAACAAACGGAGAAGAUGUGACAUGCUGAUGCCUUAACCAACAUAACUCUUCUUCACGGUUACAAACAUUUCUAUCAGAUAAAACCCCCACAAAAAUGCUUUUAAAAACACGUAUGCUGUGUCUCAAAUCAGAUGCUUUCCUUCAUGCACCAUGAUGUGCCCGUUUUUUCCAUAUACCUAAUUUUCACAAAUUUGAAAAUUGUGGUGCCCUCGUUUCACUGUGUUGCAAAAUGGCGAGGAUUUUACUUGUUGAUGUUUUUUGUGUGCAACAUGUGGGUACUUAUGCUGCCUUAAAAUGGAACUCAUGAGCUUCUGGUUCCUGUGCGGUGACACAAAGGUUUGUGUACGUGAUUUUUUUUCAGGUCAGGAUAAUAGGGCUGCUAGGCAACAGGAACAUGGACGCUAAUAGAAACGUUACCGUCGGUGUCGAGAAGCCACAGAGGUUUGGCUACUUGGCAAAUUAGCAAACGGGUAACGCAAAGACAGAAUGAAGAGAUGAGGCUGAAGAAAGAAUAUCAGCGUUUUUCUCAGACAUGUUAGGAAAUUAUGUCACUGUUAAAAUAGCUAUAUAUAUAUACAUUUACCAUUUAUUGAAAACGUGUAGCAUCUAAUGAGCUUGGAGCUUUCAGAAAUGUCCGAGGUUGUGAAUUCCAGAGGGGUGCGUUCACAUGAACUCUUUUCGUAAAACACAAGCCCAGUUGAAGGCUGCGUUACAGUGCACUCCAUACUUGAAUUGAGACACAGCACAACAACAUGAACUAUUUAUAAACCAGACUAUUUAAUGUUAUGGUUAUCUGCUUACGCCGAUAACCUGUAAAUAUCGUAUCUGCUGAAAAUGUGUACGCAGUGUCGUGCCUGAUACUCCGGAUUGUUAAUUCCCUGCAUUCCCAUGUUUCUCAGUGCUGAAGGCUAAAGACUGAUGAACCUGUUCUGGUGCACAAUGUAAUGAAUAGCCGACUGGGAAUCGUUUUUUUUGCUCUUUGGGGCUGUUUGUGUUUUCUUUUAAAGACAGCAUAGAAAAUAUAUUGAAGGUUACAUUAUUGUACAUGCAGCUUCUCCUUUGAGAUUUCAGUGCCACUAGCUGCGAGGUAAAAUAAAGUGCAUUCAUACGAAGGUAUUCAAGGGGAAAUAUGUGGUAACACUAUCACAUUUCAUAUUAAAAGCCCAGUGUUUUUAAUUUUAAGCCUUUGUCAACAACUUUCCCUGAUGGUCACAUCAGUGUCGUGAGCAACGGAAUGUGCAUUUCAGUCGUUAAACUAAAGGCUUUGUGUUUUUCUGAAUUGUGAUCAUAACACACAUCUAAUCGUGACGGUGACGGACAGAUCGAGCCAUAUUAUAGUUUUUGUGAAAGACUUAUGAUCUGAAAAGGGCAACAGUAUAUUGUGCUGGAGGAAAAGAGUACAGUAUCUAUAUUUGUCAACUGUGCCAAAUAAAAACUUUCUUCCAAACGCA